AUGCAGUAUGAAGAAUUUCUCAUGGAUCUUAAAAGUGUUAGAAUUGUUUAUCAACAAUUAAAUCAAUAUGAAGACCCUCUGGCAAAUCUUAGUAAAGUGUUAGAUGCUAAAAUUAAUAAUAUACAUGAAUCGCUUUUAGAAUUUAAUAUGAAAUUGGAAACUGAUCCGGAUAACGUCUUUAUAAUUGAUAGUCGUGCAAAUAUUUAA